AUGGUUGAAGUGAAGGGGAAAUUAGCGGAGUCGUCCACUGCGACUCAAUCCGACACUUCGGAAACAACGAGUCCCUCCAACCGCCCCAUGAGUCCCCCCAUCCAAGCACUGUGGAAGAAGCUGUGUGGUAACCCGUUCGCCACAACGUUCGAUAAGUGGGCAAAGGAAAUACCGGACGAAGAGGCAGUUGUAUGGUUGAAUGGAGAAGGAGAUGUUGCUGAAAUAAGGACCUACAAGCAGCUCGUCGAUCAGAUUUAUGAACUUGCAGGUUUUCUGCGUGAAAUAGGGAUCAAGCAGAAUGACCGGCUAAUCUUGUGCUACCCUCCAGGAAUAGAUUUCAUAGUUGCAUUUUACAGCUGCAUCAUUUCGGGCAUCGCAGCUGUCCCUGUUUACCCCCCAGAUCCCACGAAGGGGAUGACGGAUAUUCCGCGUUUCUGCGAUAUUGGAGACGGUGCUGGAACUAAGAAGGCCCUCACGUCUACUACGUAUCGUCGCGUAGCUGCAGCUAUGUCUGUUGUAUCACGGGAAAAAAGAUGGAAGGAAAUAGAGUGGAUCUGCACCGAUUCCAUCAAGAAGAGCAGUGCUCCCGUGGCUCGCUCCCAUAUUGCUCUUGAUCCCCACUCCAUCGCGUUUCUCCAAUUCACUUCGGGGAGUACAUCUGAGCCAAAAGGUGUCAUGGUGACGCACGCCUCUCUGCUACACAAUAUGCAUUUGUGCUGGCAUUCAUUUGAGUUCCCAACCCAUUUGGAAACGAAAGACCCCAACGAACACUUUUCUUCCCGCAACUAUGACUUUUUCGACCUGGAGGACUUCUGGAAGAGAAGGCACGCACUGUCUGUGGCCCGAAGGGGACACAGAGUUCGAGCGUUCUCUUGGCUACCAGUAUACCACGAUAUGGGGCUCAUUGGGUUUGUGUGCUGUCCAAUGUUCUGUGGAGCUGCCCUCUACCAAAUGUCUCCAAUCGACUUCAUUCGGCGACCCUGGGUGUGGCUCAAAGCCUUGAGCCAGUAUGAAUGCGUGUGCAGUGCGGCACCUAAUUUUGCCUUUGCACUUGUGACACGCAAGAUGCCGGACAAUGUGUAUAACCAGCUGGACCUCUCCCACGUAACAGGUAUCUUAUCUGGUGCAGAGCCUGUUCGAAGGCAGACCGUGGAGCAGUUCGUGGAGAAAUUCGCUUCCAAGGGUAUUCAGCCUCGGACUGUGGCACCAGCGUACGGUCUUGCUGAGCACACGCUCAUUGUAACUGGAAAGGGGGACUGGAAAUCCAGCGCCAGUGUUCUUUAUGUUGACGCUGUGAAGUUGCGAGCUGAGCGCAUCGUUGAAGUUUUCACGCCGGAAGAAGCAGCAGCGAAACCUCCGGGCGAAGUGCAAGACGUCGUCAGUUGUGGCUUUCCGUUCCAAGGCGUAACUGUUAAAAUUAUGGACCCUGAAACCAAUCGAGAACUGCCAGAUAGGCACGUUGGCGAAAUCGUUGCAUUCAGUGAAUCCGUUGCUCUUGGAUAUUUCAACAAGCCGGAACAGACUGAGAGCACGUUCCGGGUCUCUGUAAAAGAUGAACAAGGAAACAGCACUCCAGCUACUGGACUGCGGACUGGCGAUUGCGGCUUUAUGCACAAGGGAGAGCUCUACGUGACUGGCCGAUUUAAAGAUAUAAUCAUCAUCAGAGGCCGCAACUACUACCCCUCAGAUAUCGAAGAGGCAGUUUUAGAAGUUCCGCAGGUUCGCCCAGGAUGCGUAGCUGCAUUUGCAAUUGAGGCGGAUUCAAACGAAGUUUUGGGACUAGCAGCCGAGCUGCGUGUCGAAGACGGCUUGAGGGGUGUAUGGGCACGCGUCCGUCGUCAACUCUUUGAUAGAUCGAGCUACGAUCAAAUUGUGAAAAAUAUCUGUAAGGCAAUCGCCAGCUCCACAGGCCUCGUCGUGCAGAGGGUGUGGCUUCUAAGACCUCGAAGCCUGCCGAAGACUAGCAGUGGAAAGCUUCGAAGGUCUCUCGCCCGCGACAAGUUGCUCGAAGGCAAAUUGGAUGGCGUUAUUCAUACAUAUACCCAUCAUACUCAUCAAGCAGAAGGUCUGCCAGGCGCCGCGAGAGGCAUUUCCCAUGCUCCCAGCAAGCAUACUCUUCAUCAGAGUUCCGAACCCGCACACAAGGGACAUGAGGAAUCCGCACCAACUCAUGAGGCUGUGGUCAAGUCCGUUAGAGAGGCGGUGAUUGAUGCGGCAAAGAACGUGCUUGGAGAGGUUGACGAAUUGCCAGACAUGCAGGCCCCACUGCAUGAAUUAGGAGUUGACUCGAUUGCUGCCGUGGAGCUAGCGGAGCUCGUGUCUGAAAAGUUGAACAUAGACAUCGAACCAACAUUAAUGUUCAAUUAUCCGACAAUGGAAGACAUCAUAGACUUCUUGGUGCGGGAAAUAGAGGGAAAGGGUGGAGAAGAUGCACUAACUGUUAACACUAACACCUCGGAAGUCACAAUGGCUGUUGUGGGCGCCGCAUGCAACUUGCCUGGAGGCAGCACAUCCCUUAGUUCAUUUUGGGAUGCUCUCAUGUGCGGCGUCGAUGCAAUGGUGGAGGUUCCACGGUCAAGAUGGGAUGUAGAGGACUAUUUUGACCCAGAUCCAGACGCAGAAGGCAAGAUGUACAUCCGUGAAGGCGGUUUCAUUGAAAAUGCUGAGUUUUUUGACGCCUCGUUCUUCAGAAUUUCACUGGCAGAGGCAUCAAGUAUGGAUCCUCAACAAAGGCUUCUGCUAGAGGUCGGCUACGAGGCCUUGCACGACAGUGGCUUUGACAAGGACACCUUGCUGAGGGCAAACAUUGGAACGUUUGUAGGAUGCUGCUGCAAUGAAUGGCAGCAGACCUGUGCUCAAAUGGGUCUGGGGAUCAGCAGCUUCACCGCAACUAGUCACGCCCCCUCUAUUUUAUCAAACCGUCUGUCAUACACGCUUGGGAUGCUGGGUCCGUCCUUAACAGUUGAUACUGCAUGUUCUUCUUCUCUUGUAGCGCUGCACCUGGCCAUUCAAGAGCUCAAGGCUGGAAGCUGCAAUUCUGCCUUAGUGGCAGGGGUGAACCUCAUGCUGUCCCCGAACGUUACAGUGGCGUUCUGCAAGGCUCGUAUGAUGGCCCCAGACGCUCGUUGCAAGACAUUUGAUGCCAGUGCAAAUGGGUAUGUGCGUGGGGAAGGGCUAGGUGCAAUCGUGAUCAAACCACAGACGGAGGCUAUGAAAGACAACAGUCGUAUUCUGUGCAUCGUCCGGGGGACUGCAAUUAACCACGGAGGACGUGCGGCUAGCCUGACCGCACCUAGUGGUCCGUCGCAGGAGCGAAUAAUUCGGACAGCCCUCCGAAACGCCGGCGUAUCUCCGGACGAAGUGCUUUUUGUAGAAACACACGGGACUGGGACUUCUCUGGGAGAUCCGAUAGAGAUUGGCGCUCUCAAGGCCGUUUUCAGGUCCAGCAGGGACUCCCCGCUCCUCCUAGGUGCGGUUAAAACUAAUAUUGGGCACCUUGAGGGUGCGGCAGGUAUUGCCGGGUUUCUCAAGGCUGCGUUGGCUCUUCGACAUGAACAGAUUCCCCCCAAUCUACAUUUCAAGACUUGGAAUCCGCACAUUGACCUCAAGGGUGCGAAGUUCGUAUGCCCUGUCGUCGCGUUGCCGAUAACGCCAGCAACGGGGAAACAGCGGAUUGGCGGAGUUAGCUCCUUUGGUUUCGGAGGAGCAAACGCGCAUGUGGUGCUGCAGGAGGCUCCACAUCCAUGCGUUGGUAGGCGUCCAUGCAAGGCUCAAAAGCCCACACUAGUCUGCUUUAUGUUCGGCUGCCAAGGAGUGGAGGGCUUGCACAAAUGUCGAGUGCUGUACGAGAGCGACCCGGCCUUCGCAAAAGCCCUCAACGACUGCGGCGAUAUUCUUAAACGUUUAGUUAGUGUACCACUUCUUUCCAUUCUCUUUUCCGAGAAAGACCCACCGAAGGCCACGGAGCGGGGUCACAGCCAACAAACCCAACACUGGCUGCGCCAGACGCGUUUCGCGGAUCCAGCACUAUUCGCAUUUGAAUAUGCCAUCGGAAGCAGCCUCAUUGCACAGGGAGUCAAACCAGAUGCUGUCAUGGGGGUAGGUGUUGGGGAAUUCGUUGCCGCUGCCAUUGCAGGGGUCAUGAGCUUGGAAGACGGGCUACGGGUUGCGUGCCAAAGGGCCAAACUUGUGGAGACAUUCCUUCCAGCAGAUACGGUUGCCGUAGCUUGUAGGGUUGGUGAAAAGGACGUAGAGAUGGCUAUUUCCGAGGCUGGAGGAGCAGCUGGCUCUACUUCAUCGGUUGCUAUGUCUCUAGUUUACGGGCAAAAGCAAUUGGUCUUAACGGGGGUUCAAUCAGAGUUGGAAUCCGUGUUGAUGAAGCUCGACAUAGCUGGUCGGUUCAAAUAUCUGCCUGACCGUCUGGGCUUUUCGUCGCCACUGCUAUCAGAUGUGGUGACUCCCCUGGCUCGGAUCAUCGGUGGUGUGAAGCUUUCGCGUCCCACCGUGAAGAUGAUCUGCCCCACAACUGGAGAGUUCUGUGACGAGCAAGUCCUUAGCGCCCAUUACUGGACCCGACACUUGAUACGGACAGUACGGCUCGACCAGUGCAUCAGCAAUCUUGUUUCAGCUGGAUGCAAGCUACUCGUGGAAAUCAAUGGACGGGCAGCAUUGAUCCGAAUGGGCCAGCAGAGCGUUGACGAAAUGGCAAAGGAUGUUGAGUGGGUGUUUGCCUUUCCAGCAGCUGAGGAAGAAGCAAGUGACAGGCAGACAUCGCCCGUUCAAAAGUGCCUGAAUGUUAUUGAUAGGGUUGGUGAGCAGCUCGAAAUGGAGCACGGUUUACAUGGACAGGAUGAAUUGCUCUACCACCGAAAACCAAUCCCGUGGGUCCAGAUUCCCCACCCUUUUGUUGGUAAGCAUCGAGAACUUGGGGAUGGAGGAUCAAUUUUCGAGACAUCUUUCCCUCGCCGGGCAGUGCCGUUGUUUGCCGACCACAUGGUAAACGGGAAGGCUAUGAUGCCUGGCAUGGGGAUGGCGGAAAUUAUUGCUAGUGCUGCGUUUGCGCUUGAUCUGAAGACCCCAUCUGGAGCCGUUGCACUAGAAAAUGCAUUUUUUGAGAGGCCAAUGCUGAUUGGCUCCCAGCGUGUUACUUACGAGUUCAACACCCGAGCAGGCAACCGCAGUUGCGGCAGGCUCAGCCCCCGCACAGUCAGGACUCCGAGAAGAGUUAAUGACGCUUAUGUCCGCAGACCACGGGCAGACAGCGAAUCCCGCGGCUUCUCAACACCAGGACUGGCAAGUCCAUCGCUAGCCCCAAGUGCCUGGCUCGUUUCGCCAGUCAGCAGUAAGGAGAGCACUCCAAAACUAGCGUCGUCAGACCCGCGCUCGAAGGACAUGCGGCUAAAAGCGGAGUUGGAAGAAGUCACUCAGUCCCUUUUGUCGAACCGUUGGGGAUUUCCGGAUGACCAGGUUGUCCCUCAAGACGUUGAAAUGACGAUUCGAUGCCACGUCAUGAAGAACCUAGGCGUUGAGCUGAGCAGCGUGUGGGACGACGAAACAAAUGUUCAUUGUAGCGCCCGGGUUGUUCUCAGGGACCAGAAUAAGGAAGAAGCAUUGCCGUCUUUGAAGGAUUUGCAAGCUCGGUGCAAUCAGCCUGUUUCAGUUAGCCAGCUGUACGAAACCCUGUUUGAUUUAGGUCUUCAGUAUGGGCCGCGUUUCCGCUCUGUCAACAGUAUUUCGCGGUCAGAAUCAGAGGCGCUAGCUCGCUUGAUGCUGCCCGAGGGAUGCAAACAGGACUCGUUUGAGAGCGGCUUCCUAGUGCAUCCUGCCCUUCUUGAUGGAGCGCUCCACGUUGCCGCUUCGCUGAUUGGGAGGCAUGCGUCUGGGACUCAUGUGUCUAUGGUCCCAGUUGGGGCUGGCUCCAUAUGGCUGAGGAAGUUGGAAAUUAAAGCAGGCUGCUGGGCACAUGUGGAACUGUUGGAAUGUAGAUCGCGCUCGGCGGUGGUGAAUGUCCGGAUUUUUGAUGACAACUGGCAGGUAGUCGCAUCACUUGAGAAAGUUGCCCUAAGAAACGUUGAUAUUGGGGGCAGCGUUGGUGCAAGCAUCCCACGAGAUCUUAUUUGGAAGGUUAGAUGGGAGAAACGAGCAGAGCUGACGUCUCAGGUACAAGAUCACGCAGCUACUACCAAGGGGCCAGUGCUCGUCCUGGGGGGUAGCUUGCAACUAAUGGAAGCACUUUCGCAUGCACUUGGUGGAGAAGGCUACGGCAGAGUGCUGAGUAUUGAAGAUAUUCCCUCAACAAGGGCCAAAGUCCAAGACCUGCUCUCAAGUGGGAAUUGGAGGGCAAUAGCCUUUGUAGAGGCGCUGACUGCUGAUGAGUAUGCCUUUCUGGACAUACCUCACGCAGCGAUUCGUCUUCUGCAAGCUUAUGCUUCAUUGCUAAAUAAUGGGGUACCUGUUCCCCCCAUGUGGUUCUUCACUAAGGACAUUAUGGAACCGACAGAAGAAGAGAAAAUUCCUCCGCAGCCUGACCUUCCUGCUCACGCUGGACUUUGGGGGCUUGCAAAGGCAGCUCGAUUGGAGAUUGAAGUUUCCACUGGUAGCACGACUCAGAUUGGCUGCCUUGACAUUGCCCCUCUAGAAAAAGACGACGACGUUGCCAAAGCCGUGGUAACUUUUCUGCGCUCCAGCAUGGCAACAUCGGAUGAAAACGAGUUGGUGCUCCGGGGUAACACCUUGUAUGCAGCGCGGAUCGAGAAAAGCGACUUGGCUGUUCGUGGAGCGCUUGAGCUAUACAUGCCAGAAAGAGGUGCCAUUUCAAACUUGGUGGUACGGCCGCAAGCCUUUGCAGCCAGGGUGCCACCAGAACACAACCAAGUUGAGGUUCGCGUGCGGGCUGUUGGUCUCAACUUCCGUGAUGUGCUCAACGUUAUGGAUCUUUAUCCUGGAGACCCUGGACCUCCAGGUGCGGACUUUUCUGGAACAGUGGUGGCCGUAGGGGAUGAAGUGGAGCACGUGCGCGUGGGAGACCGUGUUUAUGGCAUUGCACCUGGAGCCUUGCGCACCUACGCGACGACUGACGCUGACCUCGUCCGCCGCGCUCCGGAUUCCCUUGGUUUUGAAGAAUCUGCUGCACUGCCGGUGGUAGCAGUGACUGUAGAAUACGCCUUGGGAGACCGAGCGCAAGUAAAGGCUGGUGACAAGGUCCUCAUACACACGGCAACAGGCGGCGUAGGACUUAUUGCCAUCCAGCAUUGCCAGAAGGUAGGGGCAACAGUUUAUGCAACGUGCAGUGGGGGUGUCAAGGAAGAGCAUCUGAAGUCCGCCGGGAUCCAGUAUAUCACAACUAGCCGAGACUCCAAGACCUUCGCAAAGGAGAUGCGCGAGUUCCUAGGACCUGAUGGACACAUAGAUGUAGUGCUGAACACUCUCGUAGAAGAUUACAUUCCGGAGUCCCUGAAGCUCCUAGGACCAAAUGGGCGCUUCAUGGAGUUGGGCAAAAGGGGCAUUUGGACGCAUGAGCAGAUGAAGGAAGCUCGCCCAGAUGUUUACUAUGAGACUAUCGCUGUGGACACCAUGAUGGAGGAGGAUCCUGCAUGGUUUGGUGGCAUGCUUGAUAGAAUCAGGGAGCGGGUGGAGAGCGGAGAGAUAAUCAGCCUUCCCCUGAAGGUGUUUGACAUGGAGGAUCCUGUUGAAGGGGGAGUAGCUGCAUUCCGGUUUCUGCAGCGAGCCCAGCACAUUGGAAAGGUUGUCAUUC